AUGGAAAUCAUACAGGUCAGCUCACACGAGCGACCGCAUCGCGAGAUGCUGGAGAAGUCGCACUUGCUGGAUGCCUUUUUCUCCCAGAGGCAUGCAAAGCAGCGUCCAGUGUCGGUAGCAACCGAGUUCGUGGAGGAUUGGGAUGUGGACGACUUGGAUGGCGGAGAUGGCGACAGCUCGCCCCGUGCGAGUCUGAACUCGUCUGGCGGCCAACGAAGUAUAACGACGUUGUCAUCCUACGACGAGGUCCAAACCCCUAGGUCUAGUAGGAACCGCGCAGCGUUCCUUUUCGACCUCGAGUCGAAGCAGGUCCAGGGCCCGAGGGGACCGCAUCUGUUCCGGAGUUCCGUGUCGUCGACGCACUCGAUUGAGCUCCAGCACGCUCUUUCACUUUCGCCCCUCACUCCCAAAGUUCCGAAUCAGACAGAAUACCAACUACCUAUUGCCCUGGACCUCACUCCAUUGCCGACCAGGAAACAAAAGGAUGGGCCGUUCCAAUACACGGAGGCGGCACUCGAUACCGCCACACUGCCAGAGUGGUCGCCGGAAAUGGUCGCGCAGUGGAUGCUCAAUGCGGGCGUUGAGCUUUCAGCCUGCGACCGGUUCGUCGAGAACGAUAUCACCGGCGGCAUCCUCAUCACCUUGAAGUUCGAGGACCUUGUAGAGCUAGGGAUUCCGUCCUUUGGUGUGAGGACGAAGGUAUGGGGUGAGAUCCACACCAUGAGGGAUAUCAAGUCCUCAGAACCGGUGCCCGAGACCGACAUCGAAGAUGCUCCGGAUAGGGAAGCCAGGAGGGAGAUGCGAAGACAAGAGUGCGACAAGCCACUGAAGCGAGGCGGCAGCAAACGUCGACCAAAGCUUGACGACGUGAUAUCGCCCCUCGAAUCGGUGUCAAUCGUCGGCAUUGAGCAGAUGAUGCCUAAGCCGCAUAACUGCUCCAAGGGCGAGAAAUGCCGCAAGUGGCAGAGAAACAAGCGGAUGAUAGAGGCUUUCAAGCAGGACCACCCGUUCGUCAACAUGGAAGGCGGUGUUAUCAUGGUUGCUGGCGAUCCAGGUAACCCUGAAACGGCCGACGCCAUCAAGCCAACAGAAGAGUUCUUUCGUCCAGUCUCGGAUGCUAUGCCCUCUGUCGUCGCCUCGUCAGACGUCAUGGGUCCUGGCAGCUUCCUAAACCUGCAGCACCUGGCAGAGGCGACCCUCCGGAAUGUCCAAGCCCGGGAUCCUCAAGACAAUGUCAGGCAAUUCUUGGACUUCCAACGCCAACACAACCCCGGGUCAAGCGAAGUUCCUCCCACUCCGCCCUUCGAGAUAUUACCCAGCCAAAAACCUCCCCACCAUGGCUUGCAGUCUCUCCCAAAGCUUACAAUCCCCAACCAGGCACCGCCCGUGCCCAGGUCCCAACCAUCCUCCGCACACCCGACGUCGGCUGUCCAUGGCACGGCGGCGGAGGAGGAGGACGUCACUCCCACUGCUCUCUACCGCUUCGGCACGCCGUUCUCUGACAUGGAUGUGCCUCUUACCGCUAUUCCUACGGGGCCCGUUGCUCGCGAUCUUUCGCAGUCGGUACCACCAGACAUGAAUUAUCGCCAUAAUCCAGCUCCUCCGCCCCGUUCAAUGUCACGCGCUUCGGGUCGCCGGCCGUCCUUCCCUGUCAUGCCCGCGCUCGACGAGAACUCCAUCGUGUCGCCUACUACCCGACAGUCUCACAAGUCCUUUGCACAGCGGACAGCUGGCAGUCACCCGCUGAAACCACCCCCUCGCGUGCAAUACCCUUGGACGCAGGCCGAUCGCAAGACCUUUGAGCGCGCCAUUGCCCCUAUCCCAGGCUCCAGCGGCUGCACCAGUGCCACGACCCCCGGCUGCAAAACCUUCUCACCCCUCGCGUCGCAUGCCAUAGACAUGGCUGGCACCAACCCAAUCUCCUACGAAGGGCCGAUGAGGAAGCGCAAGACCAAGAUGCUCCGCCACGAGUGGCACGACAACUACUUCACGCUGCGCGGCACCCGCCUGGCCAUGCACCGGGACGCGACGGCCACGAACCGCACGCUCGAGUACAUCGACAUCGACGACUACGCCAUCGCCUGCAGCAGCCUCGCGAGCGGCAAGCUCAACGCCGCGUUCAGGGCCAUGAGCAUCCUCCGCGGCGACAACAGCAGCAGCAGCAACAAGGCCGACGUCGCGGCCUUCAGCUUCCAGCUGAUCCCACAGGACAACAAGGGCGGCGUCCGCCUCCGCAAGCGCGAGAGCAGCCUCCCCGGCAAGAUCGCCGCGGCGGCCGCGGCCGUCGGGGCCGUCGUCCCGCCGCCCGCCGAGGGCGUCAACGGCACGGGCAAAACGCACCACUUCGCCGUCAAGGGCCGCGACGAGCGCAUCGACUGGAUGCGCGAGCUGAUGCUCGCCAAGGCGCUCAGGCAGAAGGGCGAGGGGUUCGAGGUCAGCGUCAACGGGAACAUGAUCUGA